CAGGACGCCGUCGUCAUCAGCACAUACAGGAAGUAAUGAUCGGCUGCCUGGUCAACGCGGAACGGAGGAGAAGGAGGCGAGAAGGAGGCGAUUCAACAAUGACACCUGAGCUCCAACCACCAGCGGACUGCGAGCCGAACAUCUGACAUCUGUGGUCCCUCCAGGCCUCCGUCCCCUAUGCCUGCUACCCCGGGCUUCACUCAGGUGGGGCAGAAUGAUCCUAUGAACAACCUGCGAAUCUCUGUAGGAGGCCUCCCUAUGUUGGCUUCCAUGGCCAACACCAUCGACCCUCGUUUCCGCCUUAAGUGGAGGCCCAUCGUGGCGGUGGCCCUCUCCAUGGCCUUGCUUCUGCUGCUCUUCAUGUACAUGAGCUCAAGCUUGCACUCCCGCUCUUACGGCUCACAAAGCUGGAGAGCCGGUCCCAGUGACACCCAGUCGUCCAGUUCUGGCUACAACGACACCUACCCUCUCAGUCCGCCUGAGCACACGUCGCAGGGCACCCGCUACCGCAUCGGGGUCAUUGCCGACCUUGACACAAGCUCUCGUAGUGACAAGAAGCUGACAUGGUUCAGCUACAUGCGGCGGGGCUACCUGUUGGUAUCCCAAAGUGGUGACAAGGUAGCAGUUCAAUGGGAUGCGGACAGGGUGAUGCUGGAAAGCCACCUGUCGGAAAAGGGCAGGGGUAUGGAGCUGUCUGAGCUGGUGGUGUUCAAUGGGAAGCUCUACAGUGUCGAUGACAGAACGGGCGUCGUCUACCACAUUGACGGUGACAAGGCUGUGCCCUGGGUCAUCUUACCUGACGGCGACGGCAACGUUGCCAAAGGGUUCAAAGCUGAGUGGAUGGCAGUGAAGGACAAGCACCUGUAUGUCGGCGGUCUGGGGAAAGAGUGGACCACCACUGAGGGCGUGUUUGUCAACAACAACCCAGAGUGGGUGAAAGUAGUGGGCUUCAGAGGGGAUGUACAACAUGAGAACUGGGUUCCCAAGUACAAAUCUCUGAAGUCUGCUGCAGGGAUAGAGCCUCCAGGUUAUCUUAUCCACGAGUCCGCAGCAUGGAGCGACACCCUGCAGCGCUGGUUUUUCCUCCCUCGGCGCGCCAGCAAGGACCGCUAUGAGGAGACAGCAGACGAGCGUCGCGCCACAAACCUUGUCCUAAGCUGCUCGCCAGAUUUCAAAGACAUCAUUGUGAGUCGAGUGGGUCCACUGAACCCCACACACGGUUUCUCGUCCUUCAAGUUUGUCCCCAACACGGACGACCAGAUCAUUCUGACUCUCAAGUCAGAGGAAGAUGCCGGAAAGAUUGCUACGUACAUCAUGGCCUUCACACUUGACGGACGCAUCCUUUUACCCGAAACCAAGAUUGGGGAUGUGAAAUACGAGGGCUUGGAGUUCAUAUAGACUGACAGAGUCACUCUUGAGGCAACCGCACUGUUUUCAGAAAGCGAGCACAAUAUAGUAACGUUUCUUUUUAUGAAUGUACAAUGGAUUUAUCAAACUGUGAUUUUCUUUCUCUAAAGCAAACAUCUUCAUGCACAUACUGUACACUCUCAAAAAAUCAAAUGGGGUCUUUCCCCCAUUUGCUCCAUGUUAAACAUCAUUCUGUACACACCAAACAUUUUAAUUUCAGUGGAAUGACUAAAGGUCUGUUUUUAUUCUUCAUAAAACUCAGCAUUAUUUGAAGGACAGUUUGUAUGUAAUGCUUUUGGUGGGAUUGAGUAAAAUCUUGGCUCUUA